AUGCCUCCCUUCCGCAUGCCCUUCACCUCGAAGCGCCCCACGGCGCCCAUUGAGACGACCAACGAUGAGAAUGCUCGCCCCAACUCCUUCGACGGAAAUGUCAAGAGUCCAUACAGCAGAGACAAGCCCUCAUUAGCGUUGGGAAUCAAGGAAAAGACCGUAGAGCCCAACGAAUUCAAACUGAGUUCGGUCAACGACAGUGGUGAAUAUCUGCCGCCGUCGCCCACCGAAAAGCAGUCCUUCUGGGCGAAAUCGCCGUCCUCCGCAAGCACCAACCAUCGCCAAUGUUUCAAUGAUAACGACGCUUUCACAAUCUCUCGCGAGUCCUUUGAAUCGUACAGGAGGUCUUUUGACAUUUCCGGCCGCUCCCCAAUCCUCCAAACUGACAGCUUCACUUCGCGCACAUCUCUUGACUCGAGACCAGCGACCCGCUUCCCCACGCGCUCAACGCUAAGCAGCGCUACAUUCGAGAGACCCACCGCCGAAGAGGAUCCGAUCUUUGAAGAUGUGAAACUGAAUGACGAAGCAAGCAAUAAACAAGAGCCUAAGAAGAAGAGUUUCCUGUCACGGUUUGGCGACUCAAACGGCGAAACCAUCACCACGACCGCGCCAACCAAGGAGGAAGGCAAGCAUCACUUCCAUUUCCUUCCCGGGCGGAAACGAGGUCAAAGCGGGACAGGUAAUGAACUGGGGGAUAUUCCGCGGCCACAGAGUAGGGGCAAUGCGGAAGUAAUAGUACGAUAG